AUGGCCUCACAACCAAACCCCAACUUUCAUAACCACUCUGGAGGUUUUUCAAGUGGUCAUUCCACUAUCUCAAGCCAUGUAGGCAACAAAAAUGUACCAGAUAUCCUCAACACCAAAUGGUCACAAGCACUAGCAGAUAAAGUCCUUGAAUUGCAAUCAAACACAGCCAACAUCACCAGCAAACUUCAACAUGCUCUUGGAACCCUCAAAAAUAUGCAAGCGACUAUCAAAGAAAUGCAUCAUCAACAAGAAAGAACAACUCACAGUUUACUAGCAUCUGAAGACAACAUUGCUGACCUCAAGAAUCAAACUCAUAUACAAUCAUCAGCAAUUCAAGAUAUGACCAUAGCUAUGGAAAGCUUACAGCAACAGAAAACAACGCUAGACAAAAGCACACAAGUAGUCCAAAAGGCGAACAAAACACUAAGAAACAACUCAUACAAUACUCUCAUUUGCAAGUCUCUUCUACACACCAUGGGAAUACUAUAUCCUACCUCUCUUCAUGAUAUGGUCCCUCUUGAAGAUGGUUCAUCUUGGUACCGGCUUGAAUCCUGCAAGGCCUAUGUUAAAGUGGCUGAGCGCUCUUCAAUCAGGCACACAACAUCAUUUUGGAGUCCUGAAUGGGAAUUUCUAUUCAAAGCUGCAUACCAGUCAACCAAUGAAUCAGAUCAAGAUAAUGUCCUUGAUCCAGAUACUGAUGAAUCUGCAAAUGAUGGAAACCUCAAGGUAUGGUUGAUGAAGUAUGGUUGGAACUCCAUAGAGAACUGCAACAAAUCAUCCAUGAUAUUAGAAGAAGCAGAUAUUCUAAAGCAAAUUAACUUAGCAAAUCAGUUAAAUGAUCUGGAUGAGAUGUUUGAAGAAGAUAACUUGAGAGAUAUGGAAGACAGCAAUGAGGGUGAUGACGAGGAUUUCCAUGGCAAAGUAGAUCAAGGUGAUGAGUUUGAUUAUGGCAAUGGUGAUAAUGAGCUAUAUGACCAUGACAACAAAUUAUAUUAG